CAAUGUUCAAGAUGGCGAUUUGUUGUUGACGAAGCUCAUAGUUACAAGUUUGAUGGCAGACUUUGAUGAUUAUAUCGAUGCUUUUCGUGAUACAGGAACCCCGGCAAGACUCGCUGAAUGUUCGUCGUGUGGAAGAACUUUUAAUGCCACUGCAAUCGCUCGCCAUGCAAAAGUUUGUCAAGGGCAGAAGAAGAGAAAACCAUUUGAUUCGUCUAAACAGAGAAAUUCUGAUCUUCCCAAAGAUUUUGUGAAAAAACCAACGAAGUCACAGUCAGAAUUAACAGCUGGAGUAAAAAAGUCAAACUGGAGAGAAAAGCAUGAAGAAUUUAUCAACAACCUUAGAGCUGCUAGGGGAGUGGCAAGUGCCCAGAAGACAGGGGGUCCACUCCCACCUCCUCCUCCACCAGCUGCAAACCCAGAUUAUGUACAGUGUCCGCACUGCAGCCGACGAUUUAAUGAACACGCUGCUGAGAGGCAUAUGCCAUUUUGUAAAGAGCAGAAAAGUCGUUUGGCGAGUACAUCUUCGGCAAAAUCAGGAAGUCUGGCAAAGCGAACACAGUAUAAACCGCCUCUUCCUGGGAAGAAGACAUCAACUGGCUCUGCCACACCUACAUCAUCAGCAGGAAAAACCAGACAAGUUGCUUCUGCAAAAACAAAAUCCGAUCUGGAUUUUUCUUCUCCUGGUCAAAGCUCUGGUUAUGGCAGCCGACAACCACUUGCCUCUCCCAGUUCUAGAAGAAAACAGGUGCCUAAUGCAAGCCCAAUGUCAGCACGUAAAGGACGUGGCUCACCAUCUCAGCAGAGGAGUAAACAAUUGAAUGGAACAUUUUCUGGCAGAGUAAGAAGCAGUGAAAGGAAUCAACAUUUGUUUGAUUCUGAAGAAGAAGUUUCACCUGCUACUCAAACCAGGGAAGCCAGAUAUGGCCGCCGAUCCAGCCAAUCAAAUGGGAAUACGGAUAACCCAGGGGGGAGGGGUGGAUCAGGAUCAAGGGGGGUUUGGGGUGGAGUGGAGUGGAGUGGAGUGGAGUGGAGUGGAGUGGAGUAUCUUGGUCCAACAAGUCCCACGUCAAUGCACAUUGCGGUACGAGAUCCAAGCUCGACACUCUUUGAUGAUUUUGGAUUCGACAGCAACAGUCCUUCACCGCCAAUGGACCACACCCCUGUUUCGUCUCGAGAGAGACCGCAAAAGACUGGAUACCACUCUGCCACAAGAGAACAUAGAGAGGGGAGCGCGGGGAAAAAGUUGUCAAAGUUUUGCCACGAGUGCGGUACAAAAUACCCCGUGGAAAAUGCCAAGUUCUGCUGUGAAUGUGGAAUGAGGAGACUUUACAUUGAUCUUACAUAGAUUGGUUGGCAAUUCAACAAAUGGAACAUUGACAUUACAGGGUUCCCUUUUUUUUUAACCAAACUUUGGCGUACACGGGACAGUUGUGGGAACGUGAACCUGAGAAAAGACCACAAAGAACACGAGAAUGCUGCUUUGAGUAUAACUCUUUUGUAACCACAAAGUUUUUAAUGAACCUGAUCAAGAUUGUGGUUACAAACUAUUCAGUGAUUUGCGAGUUAACACAGUUCAUUUACAGUUGUAUAGGCACUUCUGUACCUUGCCAGUAGAGCAGAAAAUUACAGUGACCCUAUAAGUUCAAACGCAAAAUAAUUUAUAUAAACACUAAUCAGUGCAACUGAACACAAAUUAAUUUGCCAAAAUACAAAUUUAUUUCUCUCUUUCCCAAUUGGAUAAAAGAUUCCCGGUGACAAAUGGAGAUAUGAGCGUGUUCGAGAUAGCUGAAAGUAGCCCUUGCAAACUACUGAAUAAAGAAAACAAUG